UAUAAACCUCUCGGAUGGCUUCCUUGCAACGCGCUACUAUUUAGUUUUAGAAUAGUUUUUUAAGCUUUUUUUACGGAUUUAUUUGAAAAUGGAAUGUGCAUUUUUCAGAUUUGGCAAUCUAUCAGGCAGUACUAAGGUAGCCAGUUGUAAUCCGUCAGAUUUCACUCUGUACAUGAUCCAGGGUGUCAUCAGAACUGGGGCAGUGCCUGACAUCAAAUGGAAGAUUGAAAUGACGCCAAUUGAUUUUGUACAAGAAAUGUUUGUGGAGUUGUUUUUGGAUCUGGAUAACUCAAUGGGAAAAAUCUACCAUUUUGUGAAUGAGGACCAGCUUCCAUGCGAGGAAUUGUGGAAACUAAUGGAGAGAAGGGGCUACAAUUUGAAAUCACUGCCUUACAACGACUGGGCCAAACAAGUGCAUGCCAACGAAGACUUGAAACCUCUGUCACAUCUACUUCAUUCCCUGGUCAAGAAUGAAAAUUACUUCACCAAUUUGGCUUCAUUCAAAAAAGAGAGACUGAACUGUUUCAUUGAAAAGAGAAAGGUGACAUACCCGGUAGCCGAUGCUGAGCUCUAUAGCAAAUACCUUGACCAUCUCCACCAAUUGGGAUGCAUUCCUGUGGCCGCUAAUAGUCCCAGUAAGUCAGAAGCUAGUGCAGAGAUUGACACAGAUCUGAGCGGUAAGAUAGUUUUGGUGAGUGAAGCUUCCUCGGAUAUUGGAGCCGCCAUUGCUGAGAAGCUGGCUCUGUGCAAUGCGAAGGUCGCCAUGUUUGAUACAAAUUUGGAGAAGUUGGACAAUUUGAAAGAAAAAUUCGAGCAGGCUGGAGCUACCCAAGUGCUUGCUAUGAAGGUUGACGUUACUAGCACAAUUGAGGUCAGAAAUGCAGUUAAAAUUAUUGAAAAGUGUUGGGGUCCAGUGGAAAUUCUAGUGGACAAUGGCAACUGCAUGUAUUAUCAGGUGAUGAAGAACUGCGACGUUGCCAAGUGGUGCAAGAUGGAAGAUGUGAAUGGCAAGGGAUCGCUCAAUUGUCUGGCAGCUGUUGUUGGAGGCAUGGCUGAGAGGAAAAGUGGCCGCAUUGUCAAUAUCACAUCAGAUGCUGGCAAAGUUGUGAUGGAAAAAUUUGAUUUUUCUAGUAGUGUGGAGACUCUGAACCCAUCAGAUGUGGCUAAUGCAGUGGUAUCUGCCCUCAAGCAGCCAUUUUCAUGUUCAAUAUUGAAGUAAUCAACAGGCACCUACUCAAUAUUUCACUUCUAUUGGCACAUUAUUCAUAACAAUACUAUACUAGUGAUUUCCACCAAGGAUCUAUUAUCAUAAUAUUAGUCUUAUAUCCAAAGUGAAGUAGGUACUCCUUUUUGUAGGAACCAAUAAUCUUGUCAUCGAAUAAUAGCAUUAGAUUUUUUCAAAGUUUUUCCACUUUUCUAUUGGAAUGAUUAAAUUUUUGAAUGUUACAUGUGUAAGCUUUUAAAUUUUUUCAAUUAUAUUGCUUGUUUCGAUUGAUGUGAAUCACAAAUUUUUGUGUAUUGUAGUGGAGGAAGAAUUUGUUGGAAUAUGUUACCUGCUCAAUAUAUCAUAAUAAAUGAAUUCGUGAUGUUACAAGGGAGUAUUACAAGAUAACAUACUGAAAAUUCUAAUAUCAUAUUCAUUUGCUAGAUAAAAAUAUCAAAAUUAGUAUUCCAGUUGAAAUAAACUCAACAAAAAUGUUGUAGUAACUUAUACUGAUACAAUUCGAAACUUUUCUUGAUUUCACUUUUUAUCAGUUAUUUAUUGUUUCAAUAUUAUUCAUUUCAGUUUUAUUAUUUGCUACAGUAUUUCCAAUUACUUCUUAUUCUCAUUCGGGUGUCUUAGUUUGAAUUACAAAUUGUUGAUAAUAAUUUUGUAGAAGUAGUGGUAGAAUUUGUUGGAAUAUGUUACCUGCUCAAUAUUCCAUAAUAAAUUAAUUCUUGAUGUUACAAGGGAGUAUUACAAUAUAACAUACUGAAAAUUCUAAUAUCAUAUUCAUUUUCUAAAUAAAAAUAUCAAAAUUAGUAUUCUAGUUGAAAUAAACUCAACAAAAAUGUUGUAGUAACUUAUACUGAUACAAUUCGAAACUUUUCUUGAUUUCACUUUUUAUCAGUUAUUUAUUGUUUCAAUAUUAUUCAUUUCAAUUUUAUUAUUUGCUACAGUAUUUCCAAUUACUUCUUAUUCUCAUUCGGGUGUCUUAGUUUGAAUUACAAAUUGUUGAUAAUAAUUUUGUAGAAGUAGUGGUAGAAUUUGUUGGAAUCUCAGACCUGCUUGAUUUUUCAUGAUGACAUAAUUCUUUAACAUAAUAUAGAGUAUAGUAAAUCACUCACUAAUACUUCUAUUAGUAAGUUGACGUAUUCCUUUAAGAUUGAACACUAUAAUCCUCUAAUAAAUUUUGAUCUUUUUUUAUAA